AAGCGGUCACCUUUGGGUCACCUCUGUUGAUAUUUUCAUAAUACGCAACGAUAUUUUUUUCGAUAAUAUAUUAAUGAAUUCUUAUUGCACGAGCAAUAUUUUAUGAACGUUUCCUAUUUUUUGAGCAAACACGCACGAUAGUGCCUUCCAGCAAACGGACGAAACUACGACGAAACGACGAAUAUUCAUUCGCGCAGUUCUUCAACAGCUGUAGCCGGCACUGACAGCAUCGAUUCGACGACGAGAAUUGCGCAACUUACAUACACGGAGCUUUUGCAGAAUGAUGGAUUCAAAACUGGACAUUUUGAUUUUUGGAGCAACUGGCUUCACUGGAAAAUAUACAGUCAGAGAGGCUGAAAGGUUGUGUAAGGCAAAAUCAUUUUCUUGGGGAGUGGCAGGUCGGAAUGAAGAAGCACUUCGAUCUGUGCUUAAAAAGUUUGCUCCAGAAUCUGAAAAUAUUCCGAUAAUCGUGGCGGACAUAAAAAAUGAAGAAUCCUUGAAGAAAAUGGCGGAAGGCUGCAAAAUUCUUGUAAAUUGCUGUGGACCGUACAGAUUUUUUGGAGAACCUGUUGUAAAAGCUUGUGUUCAAGCAUCGACUCACCAUGUAGACAUUAGCGGAGAGCCACAGUAUAUGGAACGAAUGCAACUGGAAUACAACAAAGCGGCGAAGGAAGCUGGUGUUUAUGUCAUCAGUGCCUGUGGCUUUGACAGUAUUCCUUGCGAUCUUGGAAUUAUCUUUACAGAGCAAAAGUUUGGAGGUCAGAUAAACAGCGUUGAAACUUAUUUGGAAGCUUGGUCAAAUGUGAACGUCGGUGGUCCUUCAUUGCAUUAUGGAACAUGGGAAUCAGCUGUUUACGGACUUGCUCAUGCCAAUGAAUUGCGAUCUUUACGUACAAAAUUGUUUCCCGAACGACUGCCACAAUUAAAACCAAAAUUACAGCCAAGGGCUGCCAUUCAUAAGAGCGAAGUGACCAAUGGUUGGUCAAUACCAUUCCCAGGAUCCGACAGAUCCGUUGCUUUACGUUCCCAAAGAUUUUUGUACGAGAACUACAAACAGAGGCCGAUUCAGGUUCAAACUUACAUGACAAUUAAGUCACUGUUCAGCGUGAUGAAAAUCGCCAUCGUCGGGGCCGUAUUUUCUAUCAUGACGAAAUGCAAAUGUGGUCAAAAUCUGUUGCUCAAGUAUCCAAAAUUCUUUUCUGGUGGUAUGGCGAGCCACGAAGGUCCCAAAGAUGAGGCAAUGGAAAAUCUACACUUCUCCAUAAUAUUCAAGGCUUCCGGAUGGAAAGAGAAACUUGCUGAACCGACCGACGAACACGUUGAUCCACCCAACAAAGAAAUAGUAACCAAAGUGUCAGGAGUGAAUCCUGGUUACGGUGCCACUUGUACAAUGCUCCUCUUGUCUGCAAUUACGAUUCUCAACGAAGCUGAUAAAAUGCCUGACCAAGGUGGAGUUCUCAGCCCAGGUGCAGCCUUCGCAAAGACUUCAUUGAUCGAUCGAUUGAACGAAAACGGUCUUAAGUUCGAAGUGCUGUCGUCCAACGAAAAGUAGAGGUAACAAUGUGCUGAUUUCACCAACAAUCAUCAACCAUACGUAAAACCAAAAUAAAUACCGAUGACGAACUCCAACGUUGUUGAGAUCAACGAUCCGAAAUAUGUCAGAAAGCGCAAAGUUUUCUUAAUGAUAUUAACAAAUGAUUUCGAGUUUGUUUUUUUUUGUUUUUUUUUUUUAUAUAUAUAUAAAAACGUUUAACUCUUUCAAAUUUUAUACUGUUCGAUUUGUACUAAUUGUACGCUUUUUUCUAUCUAUUUUACAUACUAAAAUAGGGAACAUAAUAUAUUAGUACACGAUUCAGAUUUGUGGGUGUUGAGGAGAUUACAUUUUGAAUCUUGUACCGAAUUAUAGACGUUAUUAAUAAAUAUUGUGCAGCUAUA